AUGUCUAGACACCACACAGGGCCGCUCUCAGUGGCCACACCCGGAGACGGCGUCAGUCACGGCAGACAACAACAGCAAACACAGCAGCAGCAACAACUAACAUCCCACUCACAACAUGUACCCGCACCCCAACAAACAAAAUGGCACUCCCCUCACCCUUCCUAUCAACACCAACACCAACACCCCCAUCUAGCCUCCUUCGUCAAACCCGAACACACCCCCAUGAACAGUCACAAUGAUGAUUACAGUCACAGUCACAGUGAAACAGCCUGGUCUGCCCGGAAAAGCGGCGGCAGCAUGGUGUCGGCAACAUCAGCCAGCUCGCGCUCUCCUUCACCGGGGACGCAUUCCGACCUGGGAUCCAUCAGUUAUGCUGCCUCCACCAGCAGCUUGGCCACUUCGCUGCAGCCGGGUACGGAGUGUAAUUUCCAGGAGGGCGAUAUGGAGCAGCGUGAGAGUGUGGGGAUGGGGAAUAAGUGGAAUGAUGAAACAUCAAGAUCCCCCAUCACGCCCGUCAGCCGCUUCACUGGUCGCCCCGCCAAAAAGGGCCGGUACGCACCUAACGGCACCGGCGGCGGCGGCGGCCCCGGGAGCGGAAGCAGCAGCAGCAGCAGCAGCGCUUCAGGAACGCGCUCGCCCUCCCGUCCAAGCUCUUUGCGAAACGCCAUGUUUGCUGUCGACCCCUCAGCUCCCCAUGGGCCUCACCCCCGCUCAGCAGAAGCAGAAGACAUGAUGUCCUGCGAAUCCGACGCCGAGAGCGGCGAAUCAGAAGACGACGACAUGGACAUCAUGGGUGGCUACCUUGACGAUAACUCGUCAGAAGAGGAAGAAGAAGAGGAAGACGACAACGACUGGUCCGGGCAAAACGGCAACUUGGAACGUGCGGUGAUUGAGGCGGUCAAUGGGGAUAUGCCGCUGGCUGCCUAUCUGAUUCCCAUUCUGCACAGGGAUUAUAGCUUGGCCGUGAAGAAUAAGGUUGAGAGUUGGCAAUUCGGGAACACAGGUUCGGGGACUAGCGGUGGUGGUGCCCAGAACCUUCGAGAGAGGGGCAACUCGGAUGCAUCGAGGGGUGAGAAAUCUUCUUAUACCAACUCACCACCCGGAGGCUCUGGGGCCAACGGCAAUGGAAACUCACGAAAGAGGAGACGGAGGUCCGACUCAGAUGGAGGAGGCAGGGAAGGUAGGGGAUUUGGUGGCGGUGCAGGAGGUGGUGGACGGGGUAGUGAUGAUUGGGGAGGAGGUGGAGGUAGAGGUGGUGAUGGUGGUGGUGAUGACGGCGAUGAAGACGAGAAGAACAUCGACACAGGAUCUGGUCCAGGCGUGGCUGGCAACGAAGAGUCCCAACCGAUGCUGGCGUGUCCGUUCCACAAACGGGACCCGGAAAAAUACGGGAUUCAGCAGACCAAUUCGGCGAAUGGGAAGAAGCACAAGUACAGGGCGUGUACGGGGCCGGGGUUCAAAAGCAUUCAGCGGUUAAAGGAACAUCUGAAACGGGUACAUUCACCCGUCCAAUGUAACCGCUGCUACAAGAUCUUUCCGGGGACAGAUCGAGCAACUUGCCUCGCCAACUUGUCAGAACACCAGAAAGAAAGCGACGCGUGCACGCUGGGGGAUCCGUCCCAGAAGGAAGGCAUCGAUGCAGUCCAAUGGGCAGCUCUCGAGCGACAAAACCGCAAGAAGAACCAGGAGGCGCAUAAGCUGGAGAAGUGGUUUGAGAUCUGGGACGUGCUUUUUCCCGGUUCCAACCGUCCUGAAACUCCUUGGCACGACAUCAAACCCCGAAUCACCCCCUUCUCCCCAUCCAAAGACGGUGACGCCUUCUCCAAGCUCUUCCUUGACAUUCUUGACCACAAGAUCCAGCAUCAAGACAUUGACUUUAACUCAAUGGGGACCGACAUCGUCCGCGAGCGCCUCAAAUACGUCGUACAGCAAACCUUCAAAGCCUAUGUCUCGCUCCACGGGCACCUCUCGACGGAAACCUCUUCCUCAGAACUCUCCAACGGUCCUUCCGGCGGCGGGCGCAAUCGUCUCUCGAUAGUAGGCGGCUCCUCCACUCACCUUUCGGCCCCCGCCACCGCCGCCUCGCAUCAAAUGAGCAACACCACCACCGGCACCGCGCCGACCUCGAUCGGAAUGGGUACCCGAAACAAUAACCCCCAAGCCGCGCAACAACAAAUGAACCCGUACGCGCAACAUGGGCUCCCAACUUCACCAUAUCACUCUCACUCCCACUCACACAGCCAUUACGGCCACCACUCACCCGCCACCCCUCACCAACCCCAAUUCAUGGCCCACUCCCCGCUCAACGCAGCAGCCAUGUCCGCCGCGGGUUACACCAUGGCAGCCGAAGACCCGUCCAUCGCGUCCGCUUCUGCUGUGGGCGUUAACGGUGGUGGCCCAGCCGCCAACUAUUUUUACACCAGCUACGCCAUGUUCCCGCCGCCGCCGCCGCACCCGGCGACGGGCACGCAUGCGCAUGCGGCUUGGGGAGCGCCGGGGCAGUUCGUGGCGGCGCACCACCCCGCGGCUGUGCAGCAGUUUGGGAUGCCGCAUCCUGCUCAGCAGCAGAUUGGCUCGGUAGGGCCGCAUGGGAGUGUCGGGCAGGUCGGGCAGGUGACGCCGGAUCAUAUGGACGUGGGGGCUUAUCAGUUUGAGGUUGAGGCCGGAGUUAGUGCUUUUGAUUAG